UGAUUCGGUUGCACUCGCAUCGUCCUCCAUUCUUACGAUCUAAUUUUUGCCGGAAAAUUUGUAAGCACCCAAAACGAACAGAAAUCCGAACAAUGGCAGCGGCCGGAGGACCCGAUCCGCUAUUCGGAUUGAGGAACAAUUUCUACCUAGGCGCGUACCAGGCGGCGAUCAACAACAGCGAAAUCCCUAACCUUUCCUCAGACGAAGUCGUCGAGAGGGAUUCUCUCGUUUACCGCUCUUAUAUUGCGCUUGGAAGUUACCAGCUUGUUAUUAGUGAGAUUGAUUCAGCUGCGGCAACGCCACUUCAGGCUGUGAAGCUGCUUGCUCUGUAUCUCUCGAGCCCUGCAAACAAGGUUUUACCUGUGAAUUGGGUUCAAGUAUAUGGACUGAUUCUCUUAAAGAAAAAUGCAGAUUUGGAGGUGAUAAGCGAUAGGCUGAUAGCUCAUAGCAGUGACAUGGAAAUGGCAAUUUCAAGCCUCCAUGAGUGGUUAGGAGAUCCAGCCAUUGGAAACAACCCGAUCUUACGUCUUAUUGCAGGAAUUAUAUUCAUGCAUGAACAGGAUUACAAUGAGGCAUUGAAGCAUACAAAUAAUGGGGGAACAAUGGAACUGUAUGCUUUGAAUGUCCAAAUUUUUCUCAAGAUGCACCGAUCAGAUUAUGCAGAGAAACAAUUGAGAGUCAUGCAAGGAAUAGACGAAGACCACACCCUAACUCAACUUGCUAAUGCAUGGCUAAACUUGGCUGUGGGUGGUUCAAAGAUCCAAGAAGCAUAUCUUAUUUUCCAGGACUUCUCAGAGAAGUACCCAAUGACUAGUUUGAUACUGAAUGGUAAAGCUGUUUGCUGCAUGCACAAGGGCGAAUUUGAUGAGGCUGAGACACUUCUGCUUGAGGCCUUGAACAAGGAUGCCAAGGAUCCUGAAACUCUUGCAAACCUUGUUGUCUGCAGUCUUCACCUUGGGAAGCCAUCAUCACGCUAUCUCAGCCAAUUGAAACUGUCGGACCCAGAGCACAUAUUAGUAAAACGUGCAUCGACUGCAGAAGAGAGUUUCGACAGGGCAGUUCAAACAGUUGCAUGAGGAGUUGGGGUUGGCCCUAAGUAUGAGAUUUAUUGUUUGUUUAUCUAAAUUUCU